CGUUGAUUAAAUAGGACUUCUCAAAGGGCAAAGAGGGAGAGUUUUUUUGAAUGUUCAAAUGUUCAAAUACUGCUACCAAAGGGAGGAUUAUUGUAAUUGCUUUAGUUGCUGGAUGGUUCCCAGUCCCAAAAUUGAGCUUCUAUAAUGCAAGACAUUCCGCUCAUUCUUUAAGUUUGUCUUUGUAGUUAGUCACUUAGAUUGUAACCUUUGAAUGACUUAGGCAAGCAAGUCAGCCCUUGCAAGUUUCUAUGAGACAUUGAGAGCUGAAUUUGGUACAGGCAUUGGAAUCACCAUUGUCACUCUAGGACUAGUUGAGUCAGAGAUGAGCCAAUCCGUCAUGCGAUCAAAGGUUCAAAUGGAGUUUGUACCUGCAGAGUUGACAGAAGGGUGCACCAAAUCGACUGUGACCAAAGCUUGCCUGGGAGGAAGGUAUGUGACAGAGCCAUCUUAGGCUAGAGUGUGGUUCCUGCUGAGGGCAUGUUUUUCUGAACAAGUUGAUUCAACUGGUGUAGUUAUUUCUUACUGGUUUGUAUGCAAAAGAAAUCAAAGAAAAAUAAGUAGAAAGAAUUCCCCACAUACAAUAUGCUUAGACUCAAUAUCAGUGUUUAAGGCAGAUUUCAUUAACAGACUGAGCAGAUUGUAGAGUAGGCUUGGUAUGAACUUUUUGUUUUUCCCUUUUGUCAUUAGUGUUAACUGUUGAAGGGAUUUGUAAUUUGCAUUCUACAAGUAAAUGUCAUUCUAAAAUUUGUUUUUCUAUUUUGUCUUUAAUGCCUUGAUGAUCUCUGCUUAUGAGUUAUGAGUUAUUUGGAGUUUUCCAUUUCAGUAAUAUCAGUAAACAAAAACCGGUUAUCUAAUUAAUAAAGGCCUUGAAGUUCAUGGAUUAGUUAGAAACAAUCAAAGGAAAAAGAAGAAAAAUAUAUUCACAUAAAAGGAAGAAAGAAAAAAUAGUUAAAAACCAACCCUUGCUGAUAUGAUGAUAUCAAAUAAAUUUUAAAAAUAUUAAUUUAAUACUAUAUAAGCUUUAUUUACCAUUAUUAUUACCCUUCCUUUUUUCUACUCAUAAUAUUAUAUAUUAAUCCAUCAAGAGAAGGCAAUUGGUGAAAAGGAGUUUUGAAGAAGUUCUUAUUUUGUUUGUUUGUAUUCUGUAUUGUUGUGAAAGCCAUGGAGCUUAUUCAUGAUGUACUGAACAUUUUAGCUCCUCCUGUUGUAUUCAUAUUUCUCAUUCUCUUCUAUCCACCAUAUCUGGUUUACCAGUUUCUUAGUUACAUGAAAAAAUCCUUAACCAAAGAGGAUGUGAGAGGAAAGGUGGUAUUAAUCACCGGAGCAUCUUCGGGCAUCGGUGAGCAUAUUGCUUAUGAGUAUGCCAAGAGAGGAGCUCGUCUAGUCCUCGCUGCUCGAAGGGAGGAUCGCCUUCUAGCAGUCGCGGAUAAGGCCUUAAAGCUUGGCUCGCUCGAUGUUAAGGUGAUUCGUGCCGAUGUUGCCAAGGUAGAAGACUGCAAGCAAUUGAUUGAGGAGGCUCUGAACCACUUUGGACAUCUGGAUCAUCUGGUUAACAAUGCUGGAAUUGAGCGACAUGGUCUAUUUGAAGAUAUCAACCAAAUCACAGACUUUGUUCCUAUUAUGGACAUAAACUUCUGGGGUUCAGCUUAUUGCACCCAUUUUGCAGUUCCACACCUUAAAAAAACCAAAGGGAAGAUCGUUGUGAUUGCUUCCAGUGCUUCAUGGUCUCCAACGCCAGGAUUAAACAUUUACAAUGCAAGCAAGGCAGCGCAAGUGAGCUUCUUUGAGACACUGAGGACUGAAUUUGGAGGUUCCAUUGGAGUAACAAUUGUUCUUCCAGGAGUAAUAGAAUCCGAAAUGGCCAACAGCGUAAUGCUGGCUCAGAGUGGAUUAGGGGUCUUACCAGUUGAAUCGACUGGGAGAUGUGCCAAGGCUAUUGUGAACAGUGCUUGCCGAGGAGAUAUGUUCUUGACUGAGCCAUCUUGGGUGGGGGUUGGAUUUCUACAGAAGGUGCUGUGCCCAGAACUGUUUGAGUGGACUUACCAUCAACAUUUUGUCAAGAGAAUGCGGAAACUUAUGAAAGAAAAACUAGUUUAAACCUUCAAUCUGUCUUGAACAAAAUAAAACGUCUUUGCUUUGGGUGCGGUGCGGUGCGUUUGACGUAUCAAA